GUUAGGCGAGCCAAUAUGUUGAUUUUAGCUCUACUAUCUUGUAUAAGCGCCGCGGUGGCUGCACCAGUGGCAGUCGGGUAUGGAGCACUGUAUGCGUCCGCGCCUAUUGUCCAUACACCCGUCCUACACGCUCCUGUCAUCCACGCCGAACCAGUGUCAUAUCCAAAGUACGCUUUUAACUACGGAGUCAAGGACCCGCACACUGGCGAUGUCAAGUCACAAGAAGAGCAGAGAGACGGGGACGUUGUUAAAGGUAGUUACUCACUAGUAGAGCCUGAUGGCACAACAAGAACAGUGCACUAUUCAGCAGAUGACCACACCGGGUUCAAUGCCAUAGUUCAGAGGACAGGACACGCUGUACAUCCGGUGGCGGUCAGACCAGUAGCUCAUUACGCUCCAGCACCCACCCUACUCGUAUCAUCUUACGGUCACCACUAA